AAUGGGGCACAAUGAGCUCGAGCCUGUGCUCACGAAGCGGGGGAGUGACGUCACUGCAUUGAAGCGGACAGCCUUUGAGCCCGGAGCAAAGACAGACAGCUCUGUGAACGCCACAACUUUUAAUGUUUGCUGCCCGAGAACGAGCACAACCAGCCUAGACACUUCUCCUUUACGUAGCUCGGCUCUGCUUUGCUCCACACCAACUCGCGGUUUACUCGCCGACUCUGCCGUUAAUUCUCCCUCAAAGUCUGUGUGCCACUUGUCUUGUAUGUUUCAUUCUGGACUAGUAGCAAGUGAGUGAAGAAGUGGGUGACUGCAUGGACUGGACCGAACAUGAAGAGCCUCAAAGCCAAGUUUAGGAAAACUGAUACAAACGAGUGGAACAAAAAUGAUGAGCGUCUCCUGGCUGCUGUUGAACAUGGGGAGGCUGACAAGGUGACAUCUCUGCUUGCCAAGAAGGGUACCAGUGCUAUCAAACUAGACAGUGAAGGCAAAUCAGUUCUCCAUGCAGCAGCAGCAUGGGGUCAGACAGAGUGCCUGGUGGCUAUCCUCUCCCACGGAGCUGAUCCAUCCAUAACAGAUGCUACAGGUUUAAGUCCUUUACAUCUGGCAGCCAAAAACAAUCACGUAGAAUGCUGCAAAAAGCUCAUUCAGAGCAAAUGUCCAAUAGAUGCAGUUGACAGCUCAGGAAAGACUGCUGUUCAUCAUGGAGCUGCCAGUGGGAGCCUCCAAGCUGUUCAACUACUCUGUGAACAAAAUUCUCCAAUUAACAUUAGAGAUGCAGAUGGGCUCACCCCCCUGCUGCUGUCAGCCAGACAUGGACAUGCUGAAGUUUGCAGUGUGUUGUUGGACUGUGGGGCUGAAAUCAAUGCUUCUGACAACGGUGGCAGGACAGCGGUAAUGCUAGCCUGCGAGAGCAGCUCUGCUGCAGUGGUGGACACUUUGGUUCAGCAUGGAGCAGACCUGUCGGUUGUGGACUCACAAGGUCAUGAUGUGGGUCACUACGCCAAAUUAUCCUCCAGCUCAGAGCUGCAGACAGCUCUAGCUAAGUACCAGGUCACAGGUCCAAGACCCAUAAGAAGCCCCCAGCAUGAUCAAGUAGCUAAGCUAACUGAUGAACGGAUCACAACUCCCAAAAAACGAAAAGCACCUCCACCUCCUAUUAGCCCACUGCAGAGCUCCGGACCAUCAUCUCCCUCAGCUGCCACCUCCGCUGGCACAACUGCCUCUGGCAAAAGUGACACUCCAAAACAAUUCAAUUAUAAGGAGGAUGAGCUCAGAAGAAUGGCACAGAAAGAGCUACAAGAAGAGAAAAAUAUGUUACUCAACACUAUUGAGGACCUGAAACUAAAUGUGGAACACACCGGGACAGAAUCGGAAAAGGACGAGUACAGUCUAACUGCAUCUUCAGCCCUGGUUUCUGCUCUGCAAGCAAAGAUUACUGCUCUUACUCUGGAAAAUCAGAAACUUAAAUGCAAGAGUAAAGACGAGUUGGAGGGGUCACCGUCUCACCCAGACAGGCAGACUGAAGUGGAGGAUGGUCAGAGGGAGGAAGGAAGGAGUAAAGAGGAGAUUCAGCUGCUCCGCCAGGCUUUAGAGAGCGUGCAGGUCAAACUAUUAGAAACCAGAAAAGAGAAUCGCUCCCUCCAGGCACAACUGCGACCCGAGAGACUGCGGGAGGAAGACGAGGGGGUGAGGGAAAAAGAACGUGAGGCUGAGCUGAUGGAGAGCCUGGCUGAACUUCAGGCUAAGCUCACAGACACUCAGGAGAGAUACCACCAGGCCCUGGAGGAGGUGGAGGAGCUGAGGCUGCUGAUUGGACCAGGGGACACUGAUGAAAAACAGGAAGUUCAGAGAAGAGCACCGAUGCAUGAACAUGAAGGUAAAACAACUCAUGCCCAGCUCCUGCAGUCUGAAAACCAAAAAGAGAAGUGUCUCCUACAAAUUAAACAUCUGGAGGAGGCUAUGAGGAGGGCAGAGGACAAGCACAAUGGAAAAGAACAGCGAAGCAUGCAGAUUGAGGAGCUGUACAAAGAGGCCGUAGAGGAGAUCAGAGUGCUUCAGGAGGCUCUGAGGGGAACAGUUCCUGUGGAAGCUGCUGCUAAAGACUUUGAAGAAAUGAAGGGAGAGCUGAACGAAGUGAUCUCUGGACUACAGAGGCGUCUGCUGGAGCUCUCACACUCUUACAGUGAAACUAAGAGCCAGCUUAGUGCUGCACAGAAACAGCUUUCAGACAACAGUUCUUCUUCCUCUUCGGCAUCAGAGCAACAGCAGGGAGAGACUGAAGUGCUCCAAAGCAGGGUGGAGAAGCUGCAGGCUUGUCUUCAAGAGACAGAGAGGAAGUACUGCGUGGCUCAACAGGAGAUCACACAGCUUCGACAGGAGGCUGAGAGGCAGAUGGACAGUUCAGUGUCUCUCACAGACCACACGCAGGUAGUGGCCUCUCUGGGAAAUGCCAUUAAAGAUCUGGAGAAACAACUGGACACACUCAAAGAGCAGUUACAUCAGAAGACAUUGCAGCUGGAUGCUCUUCAGAGCGGACUUGUGCCAGAUAAAUCCUCAAAUGACUCAGUGUCUCAUGUAGAGUAUGAGACCAUGAAAGAACAGCUGCAGGGUGAAGUGAGCCACCUGAUGCAGCUCCUCCAGGGGGCUCUACGGAAGCAGGAUGAGAUGGCCCUAGAGGCUGCUGAUGCAUGGCAACAGGCUCGCGAUAACCGCACUGAGAGGGAGGCCCUGCAGGAGCUGGUGAUGUCGAAGGAGAAGGACAACCAGACACUGAGCACCAGGCUGGCUGAGUCCCAGGAUGCUGUGAGCCAACUGAAGCAGCUGGUGGAGAACCAUGUGGCCUCAGAGCGAGAGAAGAACAAAACGAUAGAUGACUUAUCUCGUGAGGUCUGUAAGCUCAAGGAUGCUUUAAACAGCCUGUCACAGCUCUCCUACAACUCCAGCUCUCCCUCCAAGAGACAGCAACAAAACCAGCACAUAGAAACAAUGCAGCAGCAAAUUAAACAGCUGCAGUAUCAGUUAACAGAGUCAAAGAAACAGCACCAUGAGAUAGUCUCUGUUUACAGAAUGCAUCUCCUCUAUGCUGUCCAGGGUCAGAUGGAUGAAGAUGUCCAGAAAGCCUUGAAGCAGAUCCUCAUGAUGUGUAAGAUGCCUAGCCAAGCCAAGGAGGCCUGCUGAGACUUUGGGGCUUGUUUCUAAAAGCGUUGUGACCACCCAUAUUCAUGUGCUGUUUGUGUUAAAUCCAAGGCAGCAUAUGGCGCCUCUGGACAAACUCCACAUGAGGGAAUGUUUACAGUCAUACUUCUGCUGCCUUUACCAAUGUAUUUUUUGACCCAUCUUCAGGUAUCAAGUCAUCAGUCAUAUGGUGAAGAUACUUUUAGGUAAACUUUAGUCUCCAGAUGUUGUCUGAACUUGGAGGCCUUCCUUGAUGCACCAGCCAAACUUAAAAUCAAACACUGUGGAUGUGCUAACCCCAAAUCAAAUGCUGUUGUAAAGGUGCGUGCCAGUAUGUGUCCACUAAUCAGGCUCUUCAAUCUGUUACUCUUUGUUUAAUCACUUUCAGUUGGCCCUGCCUUUGAUCAAAUUUAUUUUUAUGAUGCACCGGUGUUGCUGCUGUCCAGUCCAAGUUUAUAUCCAUAGUCAUCAAUUUUCUAAAACAAUCAAAAUUGUGGCAUAUUUUUUAUGCAUGCGCUUCAGGCCAACCUGAAACUUCAAGAGUGUGUGUAUUUCUAUGAAGAAAAUGCAUGAGAUUGUUUUAAUUCAAUAUUUUUAAGCCUUUUUAUUAUUAAAUAAAAAGGCUUAUAAAUUAAAUAUACUAUACUUGCCCUUUUCAAGUUACUGUACUAAUGUAUUAUACUCUAUCAAAAAUUGAUGAGUGUGCAUUUACUGAAUCAUGGUCAAUUGACAUUUCUGUUCACAUAUGUAUACACAAUCCGCAAUCUACAAUAUUGUUUUGAAUUUAUUGUGAGUGCAAGUACACAAGUUACUGUAAAGGUUCCCUAUCUGGAACAUUUUCUGAAAGUUUACUUGACAAAUAUUUAUAUGCAGUAUUUUCCUUACUGUCCGUACUUAGCAAAUAGACACUUAUUUUUGUCUGUACUUAAAAACAGUCUGUACUGGAAAGAACAUAAGCAAUCAUAUUCUUAUCACAUUUGUUUAUAUAAAGCGAUGUGCUUCUACAGGUACUCCAAACAGAGUCUGAAAAUACAUGCUGACCGCAUUCAUUUGCUAUGCCUUAGCAGCACUCUAUUUAUAUUUAUGCCAACUAUUUUCAACUCUCACAAAGCACACUUUCAACAAUAAAGUUUGUGUAUUAGAAGCAUCUGAGAAUAGUACAGCCAUCAAGAUGCACACGUACUAUGUGCCACUGAACCA